CCCGCUCCCACUCAUCAAACUCGCCGAUUUCCCCGUACCCAACGUGAUCAGGUACGCUACAUAGCACAGUAAAGUCAAGCAUUUAGCUGUGGUAUGGCUGCCGACCUCGGUCCCAACCCGCUAGCAACCCGAGUCGCAUACCACAUAGGGCGUGCUCCGGCGCUACCUAUUGCACAUACAUAACCCUCCGCACCAUCGUCGGCCAUCUCGGUUGUUCCGCGAACAAUGUCCCGCCAUCUCCUGGCAAUCGUGGGAUCGGUCAACGGAACAUGACGAUGGACUCGGAGACCGCAGGCGUUAUAGAAGCCUACGAAGAGCUUUAUGUCAGCCCGACCUGCUUUGUCCAGACUGCCGAGAACAGGUUCGGCCCCGAUGUGCUGGACGACCUCAAGGCGUUCGUGUACGAAACAUCCCACGCUAAUGACGUGGAUUUCGACGAGGACGAGGACGACGAAGACGAUGAUGAUGGAGAUGAAGAAGAGGACUGGGUCGACGCGGGACUUGUGUUUUUGGAGCCCCACGAAUGGGAGUUGGCCUUGAACAACAGCGGGCUCGAGACAGAUCCAAACCACGCGCAGCACGGCUUCCCCAGAAUUGCAACCACGAGGCACAAUCUCACGGCGCUUUCCCAACAGUACAAUCUCUAUUUCGCGGCGUACCAGGACAAAAUAUAUGUCUACCAGCCACGGAGGGCAGCGCCCCAGAUUUUGCCGUCUCCAUCGCUCAUCCUCCACCCGCGACCGUCAAAACUGGGCCAGGAGCGCGGGGGAGUUUUGGACCGGCGCUUCCCACAUCAGGUCAACCAUUUGAUCGUGGGGAACCUGGGGGACUCGGAGAUCGUCCUGCUCGCAUACGACGACGGCGACGUCAUAGCGUACUACACCAAGGCCAUCGUCCGUUGCAUCAAGGGACACAGCGACAAGGCACGCAGCCCUGCGGCAUCUCCAAUCCGCCACACAGCACACCCGAAGCCGUUCUUCCACGAGAACGUGGGCAGGUCAGCCUGGGGGCUCGCCAUCCACGAGCUGUCUCGGCUUAUUGCCGUUGGUUCUAAUCUCCACGAGGUUACCGUCUUCGCCUUCGCCCUUACCCAUACAAACGCCGGCUUCAAAAUGCCCGAGGUGGACGAUUCUCCGUUGCUCGAAUGCGGCCAGACUGCGUUUCAACUCCAGAGGCACUUCCAGUCGAGAACACGCACGUGGAGGAUUAUCCUUCCGCUCGGUAGGACGGGACAUAAUGUGCCUAACCUCGACUUCAUCGACGACGAAUUGGGUGAAGCAGAGAAGGUCGCUGCGACUGACGUUGUUGGCAACGUAUGGCUCCUCGAUAUAUGGAAGAUUGGUGCCUCGUCGAUCCAGUGGGCGGACCCUGUGAUGAGGGACCAACACAUGAUCCACGCUUACAAAGGCUGGGGCGUGCUGGUGAUUCCGUAUCGAAAUUUCAAGCCAGCCAAAACCAUCCGCGAGUCGCUCGGGCUGCCUGGGGGUGAAGUCAUUGCCGUCACGAAAUCUGAGGAGAGCAGGGUAUGGCUGGAUACCACAUGCAGUUUGUACUACAUCAAGGGGUACACAUCCAAUCCCGAUGCCAUAUUUCGCCAUCGCCGCGCCCGUAUUGACUACUCGAGAACGCAUGCCGCAAGCCCUCAAUGUCACGAGGACGAUCUCUCCGACGCAUGGGACAGUGGCAGCGACACGGACGAAUAUGAUCCCGCUUGCACGGCCAAGCCAGCGGACACGGUUGGCAAGUUGUCCUGUUCCCUUACGGCGGAUCAGGAAGAAGACCGGUGGCUGUCGAUCUCGCCUUUCUCAGGCAAGAGGCUGGAUUUGGUGAUUGACGACAUGUCAGACGAGACACAACUGAGUCGAUGCAUCAUCCCCAGCUUCGGCGAGACGCAGCCUAAUGUCAGCGAAGCCCAAUGGGCGCUCUUCAACCCGGCGAACAAUCGGGCGGAGAGAACAAGACAAUUAGAGUUUUCCAAGGCCAAACUGCCCAGCCACCUUGCCAAGAACUACUGCCUCCUCCGCACUUCGACGACGGACGUCGAGCUCCAGCCCUUUGACCGCGACGCGCCCUGCAUUGAGUGCAAGUACUUGCUCACCAACAACACCCGACCGGCCACCAACAUGCCCUGGGACCUCCACCCCGUUUACUCGGAGCGCAUCAGCAUGCUCCUCCACGUGCCGGCUCUGAACCUUGUCGUGGCCGGCUCGCCCACGGGGCGUGUCGCGCUCAUCACGCUGACCAAGACGGCCAAGAGGCUGCACCUGACCCGGGUGCGCUACGGGUUCCGCGUGGACUGUGUGCUGCCCCGCAAGGCCGACGAGGACAAGAAGCUGCGUCCGGAAUGCACCCUCAUCGGGGUUGCCAUGUCGCCUGCGCCGAGCCGGGCUGGGAAGGGACUGGAAUUGCGGCCGAAAGCGGGGCCGGUGAUGUACAGGCUCAUUUUGCAUUACAAGGAUCAUACCAUUCUCAUGUACGAUGUCGCCAGGUGCGCGGACCAGGAGGAGCUGUUGGUCUUCUGAGUCGAGGGGCAACGGGCUGCGCCUGGAGUUCGGGACUCUGAACAACUGGGUUGUCUUUGGCCGAUGGCGGCAAGGGGUAAUGAUUGACAUGAUCAUGGGGCCAACCAGUAUGGCGUUUCGUUUGGCGUCGGGGUUGGGGACGGCGUUGCGGCUCGGGGAGAAUUUGGUCUUGAUUUGCUACAAUGCCCGGCGGAGUGCCAUCUCGGGCAGGAUGUGCGAUAUGGCAAUGCAUGGGGAAUGGCGUAGACUGGGAGUAACGGCCAGAAUUUAGUUUUCUUUCCCACGUCUCCAAGUGAUGCUUCGGGCUCUCGAGGGGCUCGGGCCAGCGCAGGGUAAGACAAAUAGCGG